ACUUAUUACUUCUUUUCUUUUAAUUGGCUUUUAAAAAAAUUAUUUUCUAUUGGUUUUGAAAUACUAGUAUAGUUAUUCUCAAUUAGUAGGCUAUAAAUUAAUCGGCAAAUAUCGAUCACAGAAAAAGUUGAUUUUAUUUUUUCUGUUUUUGAGCUUCUAUUAAAUUAACAAGGUCGUUAUAAUAUGGAAAAACCCUUCUCUAAGGAUUCUAAAAUCAUCAUAAUUGGUGCAGGUAUUUUCGGUUUAUCAUCUGCUCUUCAUCUAGCUGAAGCCGGUUAUAGAAAUAUCAAAGUUUUCGAUCGCCUCGAUUUUAAUCAAAUUAAUUAUACCUUUUUGGAGGGAGCAGAUACGGCUUCCGCUGAUAUUAAUAAAUAUUUUAGAAUUUUUUAUGCUGAUAAAAUUCAUUAUCAAAAAUUGGCUUUUGAAGCUAGUGAAAUCUGGGAAAAUUGGAAUAAACAAGUUAAAUUUAAUAUUCCAAAAGAAUUAUUAAAUCAGUUCAAUUCAAAUCCGAAGAUUUUUGAAAGAUGUGGCAUUUUAAGGUUGGAUGAUGUUCCUGGUAAUCCACCAGAAGAAAAAGAAAAUCUUAAAAGUUUUUCCAGAGAAAAUUUAAGAGCCACUCAAUAUGACUUGAAUAAUAAAGACGACAUUAAAAGAGCAAAAGCAACUGGCUGGUUUAAGAAGCUUGACCCAUUAGGGUUGAAGGAAAGAAACAAAGUCAAGUACUUGAGUGGUGUUUUAGACUCAACUGGUGGUCUCCUUUAUGCUUCAAAUGCUUGUAUUUAUUGUAAAUAUUUGUGUGAAAAACUCAACGUCAAAUUUAUUUUAGGAAAUGAAAAGGGUUUUAUUCAAGAGCUAGUUUACUCAAAGAUUGAUCCUUCUUUAGUAACAGGUAUUAUUACCAAAGAUAAAUUAAAAUACAAAGGUGAUUUGGUUAUUAUGGCUGCUGGUCCAUGGUCAACAAAAUUUAUUCCUCAAUUAGAUGGAAUCAAUGAAGCCACUUCUGGAACUGUUGUUGUAUUAGAAGUUCCCCAAGAAAGACAAGACCUAAUUCACAAGUAUUCUCCUGAAAAUUUUCCAAUUGUUAGUUGGAAAAUGGGUCAUUCAAGGGAAAAAGAGUAUCUUGGAGGGUUUGGUUUAUUUCCUUGUUAUUUGUACGAAAAUUAUGGAAAAGGGAUACAAGAUGAUACUAUUACUGGCUUUAAAACAAAUUUAAAAAAACCAGAGAAAGGAAUCAUUAAAAUUUUGACUCGUCAAAUCAAAUAUACAAAUCCUCAAAUUGUCAAAAAUUCUAAUAAUAAUGACGAUGAUAGAGUUGUUUCAAUCCCACUCACUUCAAAUUCUGGCCCAUUUUUUGAAAAAAGAAUUGUUAAAUAUAAUUUAAAACAAAUUAAAAAGUUUUUGACUAUUGCAUGCCCCGAUCUAGUUCUCGAACCAAGAGUGAAAAUAAUUGCAACAAGAUUGCUAUGGUACACAGACACAAUUAAUAAUGAUUUUUUAUUUGAUUAUGUUCCUAAUACUAAAAACUUGAUUGUCACAACUGGAGGAUCAGGUCAUGCAUUCAAGUUUUUUCCUGUAUUGGGAAGAUUUACCAAGGAGCUUGUUGAAGGAAUCAAAGCCGAUGAAAAUUACAAAAUAAAUAAUAUAGAUGAUCCAAAAGAUUUUGAAUUACCUGACGAAUUGUUAUUUUUAGAGACUGGUGAUAAAAAUUUUAAAUUUGAUAAAUGGAUGUUACAUAAUAUAUUUAGUUGGGACAAUAAACUUAAAUCUUUGAAGUAUGAUCUUGAUGACUUGAAUGGAUUAAAAGAAGGCUUGAGAUCUAAAAGAAAUAUUAAAAAUCAGAUUUUAUCUAGUUUUGGAUCUUUCGAUUGGUCAUUUGGCAAGAAUUAUGCUGAAAUUUUAAAAAGGGUAAAUGAGUGGACAUUAAAUGAUAAACCUGACAUGGAAGAUAAAAAAUUAAAACCUAAGUUAUAGUUGUAAACUUAUUGGGUAAUCAUAACGC